AUGGCUGACUCUGACCCUGGGGAAAGAAACUGCGACAACAUGCUGAGAAUGCUGUCAGACCUGAAUAAAGACUUGGAAAAGAUCCUGGAAGAGAUGGAGAAAAUCUCAGUGCAGGCCACAUGGAUGGCCUACGACAUGGUGGUGAUACGCACCAACCCCACCCUGGCAGAGUCCAUGCGCCGGCUGGAGGACGCCUUUCUCAAUUGCAAGGAAGAGAUGGAGAAGAACUGGCAAGAGCUGCUCAGUGAGACCAAGCGCACCCAGUAG